AAUGGGGAGAUUGUGCCCCUGCUGGGGUCGGCCCUGGCUGUGUGGGGUCAGCAGGAGGCAAUUGGGGUACGUUUCAGAUUGAUGCAGGGGACAAGGAGGGGUCUGGAGGCUGCUCAGGCUUUAUCUAAGCAAAGCUGGAAUGUCUUUUAUUGGCUGAUGUCAGGCGUGUGAUUGUCAGCUUUGUGGGUCUGAAAACUCACAUAUGAUUUAUGUUUCAUCUGCCGGAAUGUUCCUGUAGGGCUGAGCCCUGUGUGUAUAGACUGACGGCUUCUACUCCUGCUGGAGAAUAAAUACAGUUGGCUCAGAGCUGCUCUUGUUGGCAUGAGCCACUCUCCCCUCAUCAAUAACCUCUUUCACUGAGACGCCCAGAAUUUACUGAAAAUACCAUUAUCUGGUGCCCAGUAUCUAGUGGAUGCCAUUACAUUGUGCCCAGUAUCUAGUGGAUGGCAUAAAAUUAUGCCCAGUAUCUAGUGGAUGGCAUUAAAUUGUGCCCAGUAUCUAGUGGAUGGCAUUAAAUUGUGCCCAGUAUCUAGUGGAUGGCAUUAAAUUGUGCCCAGUAUAUAGUGGAUGGCAUUAAAUUGUGCCCAGUAUAUAGUGGAUGGCAUUAAAUUGUGCCCAGUAUAUAGUGGAUGGCAUUAAAUUGUGCCCAGUAUAUAGUGGAUGGCAUGUGACUGUGCCCAGUAUAGAGUGGAUGGCAUGACCAGAAUAGUGUGACUGUACCCGCCCAGUAUCUAGAUGAAAGGAGUUUCUCUACAGUUUGUGCUUGUGCUCAGUGUAUAAUUAGAGGACUAGUCCCUGACAUGUAUAUAGUGUGAGUGUGGCCAGUACAAGUGCAGGCAUGUACUAAGCAUGAGUAUUUGCACUUUACUAGUGUAUAGAGAGGCAUGUCUGUAUCACAUUUAUAUAACCAGAUGUGUGCCAGUAUAUAGGAGGGUAUGUGAUUAUAACAUAUAGAGAGAGAUCUGUGUGCCAGUAUAUAGGAGGGUAUGUGAUUAUAACAUAUAGAGGGAGCUGUGUGCCAGUAUAUUAGAGGGUAUGUGAUUAUAACAUAUAGAGAGAGAUCUGUGUGCCAGUAUAUAGGAGGGUAUGUGAUUAUAACAUAUAGAGAGGGAGAUAUGUGCCAGUAUACAGGAGGGUAUGUGAAUAUAACAUAUAGAGAGAGAUCUGUGUGCCAGUAUAUAAGAGGGUAUGUGAUUAUAACAUAUAGAGAGGGAGAUGUGUGCCAGUAUAUAGGAGGGUAUGUGACUAUAACUUAUAGAGAGGGAGAUAUGUGCCAGUAUACAGGAGGGUAUGUGAAUAUAACAUAGAGAGAGAGAUCUGUGUGCCAGUAUAUAAGAGGGUAUGUGAUUAUAACAUAUAGAGAGGGAGAUGUGUGCCAGUAUAUAGGAGGGUAUGUGACUAUAACUUAUAGAGAGGGAGAUGUGUGCCAGUAUACAGGAGGGUAUGUGAUUAUAACUUAUAGAGAGGGAGAUAUGUGCCAGUAUACAGGAGGGUAUGUGAUUAUAACUUAUAGAGAGGGAGAUGUGUGCCAGUAUACAGGAGGGUAUGUGAAUAUAACAUAUAGAGAGAGAUCUGUGUGCCAGUAUAUAGGAGGGUAUGUGAUUAUAACAUAUAGAGAGAGAUCUGUGUGCCAGUAUAUAGGAGGGUAUGUGAUUAUAACAUAUAGAGGGAGAUGUGUGCCAGUAUAUAAGAUGGUAUGUGAUUAUAACAUAUAGAGAGAGAUCUGUGUGCCAGUAUAUAGGAGGGUAUGUGAUUAUAACUUAUAGAGAGGGAGAUGUGUGCCAGUAUAUAGGAGGGUAUGUGAUUAUAACUUAUAGAGAGGGAGAUGUGUGCCAGUAUAUAGGAGGGUAUGUGAAUAUAACAUAUAGAGAGGGAGCUGUGUGCCAGUAUAUAGGAGGGUAUGUGACUAUAACAUAUAGAGAGAGAUCUGUGUGCCAGUAUAUAAGAGGGUAUGUGAUUAUAACAUAUAGAGAGAGAUCUGUGUGCCAGUAUAUAAGAGGGUAUGUGAUUAUAACAUAUAGAGGGAGAUGUGUGCCAGUAUACAGGAGGGUAUGUGAUUAUAACAUAUAGAGAGGGAGAUGUGUGCCAGUAUACAGGAGGGUAUGUGAUUAUAACAUAUAGAGAGGGAGAUGUGUGCCAGUAUACAGGAGGGUAUGUGAUUAUAACAUAUAGAGAGGGAGAUGUGUGCCAGUAUACAGGAGGGUAUGUGAUUAUAACAUAUAGAGAGGGAGAUGUGUGCCAGUAUAUAGGAGGGUAUGUGAUUAUAACAUAUAGAGAGGGAGCUGUGCCCAGGGCCCUGGCAUGUUACCCGCCUGUAUAAUAAAUGAAGCAAUAAUUAGCCUCAUUAGUCUCAUUAAUUGCAGUAGUUUGGAAGGUGCCCAAGUCUGGUGGAGGCCUGAGAUGUUAACCCAUUCUGUGCUGGAGGUGAUUGUGGCACAAUACAGAUAAAGGGUGAGGUCUGGUCAUUUUUUACUUUUAAAAUGUGAAAUUCUUUAUUGACUGCGCCUGUUAAUAUUGGACAGAAUAUGGAAUAUCCAGCCAGUGUGGAACUACAGCUCCCAUCAACCCCUGACAGCAGAGGGGACAGUAUGUAUGAGCAGAAGAGGAGGGGUGGGCAGAGAGGCCCUGUUUCUGGAUGAUUCUGCCGUCCCUAUUCAGUGGAUCGCUCCUGCCUUGGAGCUCCCCCCCCCUGUAGUGUUUAUGUUUAUCAGCCCAACCAUGUGGCUUUGUGAAGGUGAAUGCUGGUCUGUACAAUUGUCUCUGCUACAGCGGGGGUGUUCACUUGGCUACUGCAGAGGGCUGGGCAGGCUGGGAUUAUAAAAAUCAGACUUGGGGGGCCACACUGUAUGUCAGGGACCCCUGCUGGAACACGGUUGUCACUACCUCGAUGGAGACAGAGGGAGGAAAUUGGGAAGUUAAGUGCAAGUCUCCCCCCAUCCAGUGUUACAGUUGGUUUGGUCCAGACUGACAUAGCCCAUUUUUGCCUGCGGUGUGUCACAGACACUGGCGCUUUCACCGGCAGCAAUUCCAGCAACCUCUAGACUGCAAGCUCUUGAGACCAGGGCUGUAUACCUUGUGCAGUCUAGUGAGAUGGGAGGGAUUAUGGCCCAGUGAGACGUCUCAGAAAGGAGGGGGCUCGGCAGCAGAACCGGACGCGGCCGCGUGAUAUGUUCUUUAACCGGCUUACAAACCCACCCAUGAGCCCAGAUUUCCAACAUUACAGCUUCAGAAUGCCUAAUAUCGGGUUUCAGAACCUGCCUCUCAACAUCUACAUAGUGGUGUUCGGUACAGCGAUUUUCGUCUUCAUCCUCAGCCUCCUCUUCUGCUGCUACCUAAUCAGACUAAGGCACCAGGCAAGAAAGGAACUUUAUGCUUACAAGCAGGUGAUAUUAAAAGAAAAGGUGAAAGAGCUAAAUCUGUAUGAGAUCUGUGCAGUGUGUCUGGAGGAAUUUAAACCCAAAGAUGAAUUGGGAAUAUGCCCAUGCAAGCAUGCAUUUCAUAGAAAGUGCCUCAUUAAAUGGCUGGAGGUUCGAAAAGUCUGUCCUCUGUGCAACAUGCCUGUCCUCCAGCUGGCACAGCUGCACAGUAACCAGGAGCAUGGCCCCCCUCAAGGGCCCCUACCUGGGGCAGAGAACAUUGUAUAGCUCUCGGUCAACACCCCCAGGGUCCCCUACGCACAGAGCCACAGAUCUCCCAGCCAUCUCCAACACUAAGCCCCCAUGAGGCUCUUGAGCUCAGAUGUGUGGACUCUACAGCAGCCAAAGCACUUUUGAUGCCAGCAGAAGGAGGAGCGACGUAUGAUGAGGAGCGACGGAGCAUACUCAGCAGCGGUAUUGGUUUUGGAAGAGCACUUUACCAUAUUUCAACUGAAACUUUUGUGACUGAUACUCUUAUUUUCUUUUUUUUUCACAUUUGGACUGGAAGCUUCACUGUGCCACAUGGGAAAACCCCCAAAAAUAAUGUAAAUCUUUUCUGGCAAAUAUUUGAAGGCAGAGACACCAUGGAGAAGGGAAUGUUAGACUCGAUAACACUAUGCAAUCUGCUUGACUCUACAGCGACCAUCUCAUUGCAUCGGUUAUAGAGGCCGGAAACUGGAAACUUCAGGACAAUCCAAUGCAAAACAUGCAUAGAACGUCUACAGUAGGGGUGUCAGACAUGACACUCAUCCAUCACCCUUGUCUAGCUAAGGAUGCUGGGUGCUUUUCAUCAAAACAACCACAGAGCCAUGGACUCAAUGUCCCAGGUCUGCCCAGAAUUCACAGCCUUAAUAAGACAAUCACGUCUUCUCUUGGAUCAGGUUCAACAGAAAACUCUUCAACAAAAGGCCAACCUUAAUUUUAAAUUGGCAACAAUAAUGGAUCCUUAUCGAGACAAGGGUUUGAAUGUGAUUGGCUUGCAAAUACAAAAAAAAAAAUCCUGCAGAUUGUUCUGGUUUGUUACAGAGUCUUUAAAGCCAAAUAAUGAAUUAUCUUGGUCUUUCUGCCCAAGCCCCACUCUAGAGCUCAGAAAUGUCACAAAGCAUGAAUGUGCGCACAUUCUACAAAAAAAGGUCUGGCUUCCUAAUGGUUUUUUGGUUGGUAGCAUUUUCUGGAGAAAGUUCCAACAAUGUCCAACUGGUAUAUGAGAUUGGUGGUUAGUUAUCCCUGGCUUCAUAUUGGGGAUCUUCAAGGUUCUGUAUCACCUGAUCCAUAAAACCAUGAGAGGAAGGUCAUUGUGAAGAGAGCAGGACUUUAUAGCGAAGUCUUUCUGCAUUUUACCCUAUACUGUUGUCCAAGAAAAGUGUAUAGAGUGGUAUUAUAAGUCUGUUUACGUCUGUAUCCGUCACAAUUGGGUUCUAGGUGUAGGUCUAGACUGUAAUACCUGGGGUCCACUUAAUAACCCCACUGUAGGACUUCAUAUCUGUGGAUGAAAGGGAAACAAAACAGGUCUAUCGGGGGAGGUACAGUUUAGUCUUUUCCACUUUCCUGUACACUUAGUUUACAAUACACCUUAACUUGUGCGUAGCUACUUCAGUUUGAGGAUCUGAAGGGCCUUGGACAAUCAAGACUGGUAUAAAGACCCAUCACCCAAUGCACUAAGGCUUUACAGCUGUUCUAGUAUUAUAAACUCCUUGUAAUGAUAGCAUAGCUUUAGGGUAGGAGAAGUUGUAGGACAGAGUAUUCCACACCCUUCUCAUUGAUACCUUUUGGCCCUCAAUAAGGUUCUGCAGCCUCCCAUCUCCUCCUCUUCGUCAUGUAAAGAGUAAUGUGCCAUUGUGUGGACUUGCAGUUGGUUUAAUGUGACAAUAAGGUUUUCAUUGACUUUGCUUCCGUUUUUCCCUCCUGACUCAAAGUGCAAGUUUCCACCACUACCCCUUGAAGCACAAUAAUUUUAGUUCCACAUAGAACUUUGAGCACUUACAUUUCUCAUUUUAUUUGACUCAUUGAAGAGUAUGAGAUGCUUACGUCUGCAGGUUUUUUGGUCUUCCCCCUACCACAAAAAAAAACUUUUUUUUUUUUAGGCUGUAACUGUGUUUAAUCCCUUGGCAACAGAGCUAACUUCUCAUCCCCUAACGGUUCUAAGCCAUUUAUAAGGUACAAAUGAUGAGAAGGAGAACGAUUUCUCUUUCUUAUAAUUGGGUUUGUGUGUGUUGGGGUAUAAUGUGUUAUAAUAUUUUAUUGCUAUUGUAGUUUUAGUCUCCAGCGAGAGAGCAUAGUGCCGCCAUGUUGCUUCCCUAAGUCUUUGUCGAUUUGGCGUAUUGACGUACGUUAAUUACACGAAGAUGGUGCAGGGUUUUCUGGGUAAUUAAAGGCCUCCCUGUGUUUGGCUAAGGAUAUGCCCAUAUAUUUCAACAAUGGCAGUCGUUCUAUCCUUUACUGUAUUGACCGUGUUCACCGACACAAUGAAUGGGUCCUACAUACGGUUCAUGUUGAUUAUAUAGAGAAUUUCAUUAGUGGGGAUUAGAAAACAGGUCAACUACCCACCUUGCGGUUUGUGUAGUCAAAAAUCUAUCUUUGUUGGAUUUGAUCCAUCACAAUAGGGUCUCGGGUGGGAAGGGUAUAAGGUUCUUGGCCAACUGCAUUUUACAUUCUGAUCCAGUUGGGUUACAUCUUGGCUUAUCCAGCGCCAAACCAAUUGUGCCAUGCACUCCAUGUAAUUUGUGUCUUCACUAUUUGAAUGUAUUUUAAGUGUUCGUGAAACUGCUGAAUGCAGGGACAAUAAAGCAGUAACAUAGACCAAACCACCAGACCAGAUGAUUGGGUAGCGAUAAGUAUUUUACUGCCCCCUGUUCAAGUCCUUACAGCAGACGUUGUUGCACUUCAACCCUUGAAUCCCUUCACCAACCAGGUCUGGGAGAAGACAUUGUGUCGAAAUACCCAUCUGUAAGCACCAGUAGAUAGGUGGGUCUGGUCUGAUCGGUCUACCAUAGUAUGUUUACCAUCUAAUUCUGCUGAAUAUCCAUAGUGCUACCCUUUAGUAUUAAUGCCUUGACAUGUGAAAGUAUUAUUUGGUUUCAACGCAAAUAUUGUUUAAUGUUUACAAUUAACGGUUAGAGGGUAGUGGCACUGACAUCUCAAUUACUGCAGUUCUUAGAUCAGACCUUUGCUCGGUGGGGCACCAUCUUGAACCGAUGAACAGUAGGACCUGUCUAGCUGGUUCCUGUCUAAUAUCCGAGUCUCUCUAACAAGAGACACCUCAGUGUUGAACAUUAAAGGGCCACUAGCAUUACUUGCAUUUCAGUGUUACUUACCCUUGGUCUUCAAAGUUCAAAUAUGUUUCUGGUCCCUUUAAAAUGUUUACUGGAUAAGUAUUGGCUAGUAGCAAUGUAUUCUCAUUUUGUGAAGUCAAUGGCAUUCCCAGUUCUCCAUCUCAUAUAGGGUAGUAACCAUGUUGGUGCAGUUGGGUGAGUCCUAAAGUAAUUGUAGUGUUCUUCACCUCCACCCAAUAUUUCGGGCUAGAGUUAACAGUGUGCACAGCAUCAUAGACUUUAAGGCGUUUAAAAUUACCAAAAUUUUUUUACACCUUUCUCAUGCGGGACAUUGCUUGGCUAAAGAAAGUGGUGAUUUUGGCCCAUUUGCGGUAGAAGGUAACAGGGCCCUAUUUUGCAUCUGUUUCAUUUUCACGCUGGUGGGUUCAAGCAGAAACUGCAUUUUACACUUAGACGCAAGUUGUUUGCCACUACAUUCAGUUCUCCAUGUUUAUAGACCCCAGUAGGAGACAAUGUAGCUGGUUGCUUGGCCCCAGUGAGUCCCUAUUCCAGCUCUGACAUCCCUAAUCCAUUUAAUGCUCUAAAUUCAGGUCGACACUAUGGGAAGCCCUGUUAUACAACAAAGCACUUGACACAAAUGUUUUAAGGGCUAUAACACCAAUUAUGUUAGGGCUUAGAAAAAUAUUUUGAGCAAUAAGCUCAGAGGAUCUUUGCAUUGAAUGUUCUUUUAAAUGUUUGUCUGCCAGUGUUGGUGUCUUAUUCCUUAGGGCGUUCCAUGUUCUCUUACAAUUCUAGAGAAAAUCUGUCGUUUUCUGUAGACUGUAGGUUUUGCACUCCAUUUUAACCUAACAGGCUAUGCCUGAUCUUUGGGUGAUGUGUUGAGGUUCUCCUGCUGAGGUUCUCCUGCUGAGGUUCUCCUGCUGAGGUUCUCCUGCUGAGGUUCUCCCGUUGAGGUUCUCCCGUUGAGGUUCUCCCGUUGAGGUUCCCCCGUUGAGGUUCUCCCGUUGAGGUUCUCCUGUUGAGGUUCUCCUGCUGAUGUUCUCCUGCUGAGGUUCUCAAGUUGAGGUUCUCCUACUGUUGCAGUUAAAUUAUAUCCAUUGUGAUAAAAAUUUUGGAGUGUGUCCUUUAGUUUUACUUACUUGGUGAAGUUUGCCGUGGGAAAACAAAGUCCACUUUUAGAAAAGGGCUGCCACCCUUAGAAAAUGUGUAUAGUGAUGCAAGAUAGAGUCGGUAAUGCGCUUCAUCAGGACUUGCACAACUUUUAGUUGUUUCCAAUUUUAGUCUGCCUUCAAAUUGUUACUGUCACUGCCCCAGGUAACCAGGUGGUGGUUGGAAUGACACACUGGAAGAUGACGUUUCCAUACAUUAGGGAUUAAGGAUUCUGUUGGGUGUUAGAACUCAGCAACAGCACUGAGUUUUAACACCCCUGGCAACUGAACUGACACAAGUAAGAGCUCUCCUUGGGGAGAACAUUCCAAACAAACCAGUUAAUGUGGAUUUAGAUAUUUGACUUGGGGGGGAGGGUCAGCUUUUAACAGAAGCUUUGGGAAUCCAACUCUUUUACACUCCUGUCCAGAGCCGAAUGAAUCCAGGAGCAGGUCAGUGUCCCGAUAUUAGGGGGUUUGGGGUGUACAUGUGCCUCCGGGGAGAAUCUCACACCCAAAAUAUCUACUCGCAACACUUUUUGGGAUGCUUUAUAGUUUUGUGACUGUUACAACUUUACUCUUUUUGUCUUAUUACUGUAAUUCCCCUGCAUGGUGGGUAUAUCAGCCCACGGCACUCCAGCAGCAGGGGGACCAACGAUGGCCUCUUAACAUCUUCUCUCAUUAAAAACAAAAGUGGGCUUUUAAGUCUAUGGGUGUGUUAGUCGAAGAUUAUUGGGGGUUAUAUAGGCUUUGUCACUUGCAGUACCCCUGGUAACCAUUGCUGCAGGGAUUCUUUUCCAUGGAACAGCGCCACAGUCUGGGCCGAUCUCUUAGAAGUGUUAGCUUCUUGCUUCCCUUAUGUUUCCCCAUUGGCUCGUAACGGCCUCUCAUCCACUGGUUUGGGCUUUCCAAGCGGGGACGUCCCUGCUGUUUGGUAACAACUGGCCUUAGAUAUGUAAGUCCUCUGAAUCAUGCCAACUAUUUAUUAGACACCCCCUUUUUAAUCAGCUGAAAGCACACUCCCAUUGAAUGAAUUCUUCCCUGAAAAAUAAGUUAUUGGCAACCAUUUAAAUGUCAGAUUGUGCCCCCCCACUCUCCGACCCUCCCAUACCCCUCGCCGCCCGUUUCCUAAAGCCUUUUCUCUCUCUCUGUCUGUCUGUCUGUUUGUGGGACCGUAGAAAUAUUGGCUUCACAGACGUUAUUUGUACACUAAAAAAAAAAAAAAAAAAAAUUAAUUCUGCAGCAGAAGAAUAUUUUUUAAGAAAAAAACUCAAUGUUUUUGUAAGCUAUAUUUUUGUAUAUUUAAUUGCGAUUAAAAUGUGUUUUUUGCUAACCACAAUCUACAUAAAACGUUUUGCAUGUCGUUGACUUGAAAUGUAAAUAAAGCGCCACUUUAAGAAGGA